UCCGGUUAGUUUUGAUGUGUCAGAUGCCUGGCGUGUUGAAGGUAUGACCCCGCCCCCAGCUUCCUUAGAAGUUAGAAAGAUCUUUUAUGUAGGUUUUAUGGUUGACAUCAGUUUAUUGGUCUUACUCUGAAACAUCUGUGUUUAGUAAGAUAUUAACUAAUUUGUGUUAUCAGGGUCACUUCAAUCAGUAAACUGCAUCAAAAUCCAUCAGUUUUACAGCAUUCUUGAUGUCAGGUAACAAACGGACCUGAACGGUACCUGCCUUUGUUUUUUCCUCAUCAGUCAGUGAGUCCGUUUCCUUAAAGUAAACUGUAGUUUUUGGCAGCUGGACUUGGCUUCAGCUUUCAUUCGUGAACAUAGCUACUUUAAAUCACAAUGCACCGCCACAGAAAGCAGCACCACGGAGACCAGACUCCAGAGCUGAAGAGGUCUGGGCAGGAAGCAGACGGCCAGUCUUCACUGUUUCACUGCGGCUGAAACACAACGCCUUGGAGGAGAGAGGACUCAGGCUCCAGACACCUUUGGCAUUUGUUGGGUGGAAACACGAGGGCUGAAGAAAAAAAACAGAAACAGAAAAAAAAUUGAAAAACCAUUGAGGGUGGCUGAAAAGGGGUGGAGAGGGCAGGAAAUGCCGGUCGCAGCCUUAACUUUUAUAAAUCAUACUUGCAAAGAUUUAUUUUUUUGGUAGAAAUAUUGCAUUUUUGUUAAAGAAUUACAACAACUGUAUGAAGUGUCGGACAUAUCUUUGCUCUUUUUACAUAGAUACUAGCUACUUUAGCUUUUAUGCUGCAGGUGAGAGGUGGAGCAUUUAAUUUGUCAUUUUAAUGCGUAAUACAGGAUGCUAUGUGUUUGUUGUUUAUUAAUUUUAAUACAAUACAAGUGUGUUUUUUUUCUUUGAUUCUCUUGUAAAUGCAUUUUAACUUACUAUUGUGAAUCAUUUUCAUUAGUUAAAAGUUAGUAAACUCUAAUGUGUUGACACAAAUUACCAUGAAAUAAGUUGUUUUUUAAUUUUAACAUUUUGUAAUUCUUUAAAGCGGUGUCCUCUCUGCAUGUCUAAAAGCAUUUCUUUAUUUUACAUAAGCAGCGUUUCAGCAAUUUGGGGGGGUUGGUCGCCUCGUCCUUUCAUUACCCAGCUUGUAAAAAACAGAUACGAGUGUGGGAAGUCACAAAAAAGGUGUUCUUCAUUUCCGCUCUGCUCCGCCAAAUGAAAUGCCAAAGACCAAAGAAGCAUUUCAUCAAAAUAUUAACACAGGUGAUGAAAAUGUCCCUCCUGAAGGCUUCAUCUGGACCAGCUCUGCCAACACUCCAGACCUGCUCUGCGUUAGUCUGCUGCAUGAUUCAAAGCAGCAGCUGUAAAAGAAGAAAGGGUUCCCCCUAAUGUGCCCCAUGUGGCCGCAGAGCCCAAACCAGCGCGAAGGUGUCACAAACGGCCUCCUGGCUGACCUGCGGGACAGUAACGGGGCUGAAAGCACCAACCGCUUCACCUCAAGGCGGCUCCAGCAGAGGUCACAUGUGAGCUUGUGUGUCUGUAACACAACAGAAAAACUCAGUCAGGAAUCCACAGAGAACAGAAACGUUUGGGGCUGGAUGCAAACUUUCUGACUUAUGAAUGAGAGAGGUGGCCCCGCCCACUGCUCUGCUUUUUGUUCAAUCCCAGUGAAGCUGCGGCGGCGGCCCCAGAUGGAAACGCACACUGCCCCCUCCCUCCCACAUUUUCACUCUUUCUCUCACUAUCACACACUCCCUCACCUCACACACACUCAGACGCCAAACCUCAGUCACCUCCAUCUGAGCCACGGGUCAGCAGCUCACACCUGAAGCUGAAGCAGCAGGAGCAGGCAAGGUGCACACACACACACACACAUGCACAUACUCCCAACACACUCAUACACACAUACUUAUGUACACACGGACACUUAUGCAAACAGAUAGACACAAACAAGAGCGCACACGCACAAAAACUGAUAUAUACGCAAAAAAUACAUGCAUGGAACACGCAUGUGCAUGAACACACUCACAUGUGCAUGCAACAAACAUGUACAGAUGCACAUGCAUGCCUACAUGUUCCUAGAUUCACACACACACAUACACACAUAUUCAUGCAUACACGAACGUGUGCACAAAUACACUCACACUUACACACAUGCUCAUGCACACACAAAUGUGUGCAUAAACAUACAUUUACACACACAGACAUGCAUACAUUCACAAAAAGACUAGAACAAACCCUGAAACAGCCUCCUGAGCAUCCUAAUGUUUCAGGAAUCAGCUCUGAAGCAGUGAAGACCUCCAGCCCCAGAGGAGAGCAGGAGGAGCAAACAGAGGAGGAGCAGCUCUCUGCCCUGAAACCUGAAGAUGACAACUGGAGGGACUUUGGCAGAGUGACGUCACAGAAGGGAAGGCCUGCUGUCAGCCUGAAGGGGAGACAUCCAGAAAACCUGCAGUGAGUGCGGACCUCCACCUUUUUCUCUGGUCACCCACCUUCUGCAGGGAAGCCUCCUGGUCAUCAGCAUGCCAUCAGCUCGCAGAAGGUGCAUUUUGGGAGACUGACAAACCAUGUGCAGAUGGACGGCGUCCGUAACUCAUCUCUUUCCUGACCCCGCCUUUCACGCCUCAGCCACUGCUGCCUCCCGGGGGUCUCUUGCCCCCCUGCCCCGUGCAGCCUCUCUUACCCUGGUAUGCUUCACGAUGCUCCUGGUCACCACGGGCCAGGCCACAGGGGCAUGCCCCCCUCGUUUGGAGCAUGAGCCCCUUCAGCUGCUGGCAGGUCACAUAAACUGCUCCUGGACAUUAGAAAGACACGCCCGCAGCUACAACCACUUGGAGGGCGACGUCAGACUGCGGCGCCUUUACUCUGCCAACAGGUUUUUCCUUUGCAUCGACAAGACAGGAAAAGUGGACGGCACUCGUCGCAAAAACUACGCUGACAGCCUGAUGGAGAUCCGAUCUGUCAGUGUGGGAGUCGUUGCCAUCAAAUCUGUCAGCACUGGGCUGUACUUAGCCAUGUCCAAGAAAGGCACGCUCUUCGGAUCGGUGAAGUACAGCCCCAGCUGCAAGUUCAAGGAGCGCAUCGAGGAAAACGGCUACAACACCUACGCUUCCCUUCGCUGGAAGCACAGCGGGAGGCAGAUGUUUGUCUCCCUGAACGGGCGUGGAAAACCCCGGCGAGGUCACAAAGCCCGCCGGAGACACCCGUCCACUCACUUCCUGCCCAUGCUGGCAUCAUAGAGCAGCAAGCGCCGACCGGAUCCCACAGAGACGUUUUCUACUUUUCAUUUCCUUCACUCUCCUGCCCCAAUAAUGUGUAUUUGUCUGGAACAUGUGUAGUGUUAGUGUUAUAUUUACAUGUAAGUUAUUUUCUGCAGUUCGUUACAUUCUCGUUAUCGUCACCCUGUGAGCGAAAAGGGUCAUAAAAAGAGGUUUAAAUUGACUGUAAAGAAAGAGAAUGGCUCAGAAACAACAAAAUGCACUUGGUGGUUUAUUUCUUAAAAAAUCAUUAAGUAUUUAAGCAAAUAAAAUAAACUCUGUUAAACUGCAGUGAAUUUCUGAGGUCAGAUCUUGUUGUGUCUUUUUGCAUCACAUCCUACACCUGUAGAUUACCAACCUGAAAAAAAACAAAUCUU